CUGAAUACACUAUGCUCAUUUAAUGCGGUUGCUCCGUUAAGCCACGCCACAUCCACUCCCCACUCACGGAAGACCUACUCUGUAAGAAUGCGCCAUGCUCAUUUAAUGCGGUUGCUCCGUCAGGACACGUUACGUCCACCAAAGAUGCUUGCCCCAUUAGACACAUCAUGUCACGACGAUGAUGGUCAAACAAGCCAUGUGGACGCCCGGCCAAACGAGGUCGUUCCGACUAUUGCUAACUUAAGUAUCAGAGUAUCUUCCCCGAGGUCUUCCCUCGGGGCAUUGCAGGUGAACUCUACAAGAAACUCGUGGUGCAAAAGGAGGGUUUCACUGCAUCAACAGUGGGGAAGAGCUAUAAAUACCUAUUUCACUUUUAAGAGGAAGGAUUGCAGCACCACAUUUGGUACUAAAAUCCAGUGCACAGUUCAGGCUCAGCAGACUUGGGAUGGUCCCAAGCCUAUUUCAAUUGUUGGUUCCACCAGCUCCAUUGGAACUGAGACAAUCAAGAUAUUAGCAAAGAAUCCAGUAAAGUUCAAAAUUGUGGCUUUGGCUGCUGGAUCAAAUGUAACUCUUCUGGCAACUAUUGAAUAUGAAUCUUUUCGGAACUUUAUCACCAGCACUUGGCCGCUUGUCUCAUUUGUUGAUAUUGUGAGGCUAAGAGUUUUAUAUGGAACAAAAUUAGUGGGAGCAUACCAAAAGAGAUUGGCAAUAUCACAACCUUGGAGCUCUUGUUCCUUGCCUGAUGAACUUGGCUAUCUAUCGAAUCUAGAAAUACUUCAAGUUGACGAGAAUAACAUAUCCGGACCAAUACCCACAUCAUUUGCAAACUUAAACAAAACAACUCAUUUUCACAUGAAUAAUAAUUCAAUUAGCGGACAAAUCCCUCCGGAGCUCUCCAAAUUAGCAAACCUUAUACACUUCUUUCUUAACAAUAACAAUUUAUCAGGGUAUCUUCCAGAAGAGCUUGCCCAAAUGCCGAAUUUAGCCAUCCUUCAACUUGACAAUAACAACUUUGAUGGGGCUACUAUUCCAGGAUCAUUUGGAAACAUACCUACAUUAUUGAAGUUGAGUCUCAGGAACUGCAACUUGCAAGGAUCAAUCCCUGACCUAAGUGGAAUACCUAACCUUGGUUAUUUGGAGCUAAGCUCAAACCAGCUAAGUGGACCCUUACCUACAAAUAAGCUCUUUGAGAAUAUCACAACCAUGCUACUUGCAAAUAAUUCAUUGAAUGGCUCAAUUUCAUCCUCCCUUUGGCAGACCAAGACUCUAAAUGCACUAGAGAGUCUUACACUGGAUUUGGAGAACAAUUUGCUUGUCAAUAUUUCUGGAAGUUCUGACCUCCCUCCAAAUGUCACUCUCUGGCUUAAAGGGAAUCCUAUAUGCUCGAGUGGAAGUUUUGUUCAGUUCUGUAAAUCUCAAACUAAGAAUGAAAUUAGAAUAAGCACUGCAAUAAACUCCACCACCGCUGAGUGUAAACCUCAAUCAUGCCCUUAUGAGAGCAUGUUCACUAGAGUGAAAAUCCCUCUUAGUCGCAUAUUUGGAUGUUACGAACUUAUAAACUUCACUUUGCCGGAUGUCUAUAAGGAUGAAUCCAGCCUCUCUUUAUCGACAGGCGUAAGUAAAGGUGCAUUGGCUGGCAUUAUCCUGGGGACCUUUGCUGGUGCAGUUACAUUAUCUGCAAUCAUUUCACUUAUUAUAUUCAGAAGGCACCUGAGGGGCUACCAUGCAGUUUCGAAACGACGUCAGUCAUCUAGAGCCUUGUUAAAAAUUGAUGGUGUCAAGAGUUUCACAUAUGGAGAACUGGCUUUGGCAACAAACAAUUUUGAUAUCUUCGCUCAAAUUGGCCAAGGUGGAUACGGAAAGGUUUAUAGAGGCACUUUAGCUGAUGGCACGAUUGUCGCCAUAAAGCGUGCACAACAAGGGUCAUUACAAGGUGAAAAGGAGUUCCUAACUGAAAUACAGUUGUUGUCAAGGUUACAUCAUAGAAAACUUGUCUCUUUGGUUGGUUAUUGUGAUGAAGAAGGUGAACAGAUGUUGGUGUAUGAAUAUAUGCCUAAUGGCACUCUGCAAGAUCAUCUUUUAGGAAAGAUUAAAGAACCUUUGAGUUUUGCAAGGAGGUUAAGAAUUGCUCUUGGUUCAUCCAAAGGAAUCCUCUACCUACACACAGAAGUUGAUCCUCCUAUAUUUCAUCGGGAUAUCAAGGCCAGCAAUAUAUUAUUGGAUUCUAAAUUGGUCGCAAAGGUUGCCGACUUUGGACUUUCACGACUUGCUCCAGUGCCAAGUAUUGAAGGUGCAGCACCUGCUUAUGUGUCUACUAUUGUAAAGGGGACUCCAGUAAGUGUUUUACUUGAAUAAAAUUAAAUCAGAAACUUCUUUUUUCUUGUAAUAAAAUUAGAAGCUUCUA